AUGGUAUCCUCUUUUCUGUCUUCGUUUUAUCCUUUUAAGAAAUCUAACAAAAGAAGAAAUUCAAGCAAAAACAAAAGAAGAAAUUCAAGCAAAAACAAAAGAAGAAUCUCUCUAGAUUCUUUACCAGAAGAUCUUCUUGUGGAGGUUUCUUCAUAUACUGGAGCUCUCUCCUUGUCAUCUGUUCGUAAUCUCCGAUUAGUUUCCAAAACGUUUAGAAAAACCUGCGAUGAAACAUACGUUAUUUCUCGACUUUCCCUUCACGAACUCCCUCUUUUCCAUUGGUCUAAGAACCAAGAAAGGUUCUCUAACUUCUUCGAAAGAUGUAGAAGGCAUGAAAACCCUGAAGCCUUGUACCGCAAAGGACUUAUCAGCUACUUUCUUGAGAACCAAAAACAAGAAGGAUUCAAUUAUUUAACUAAAGCUGCGGGAAAAGGAAACAAAGAAGCAAACUAUGUUUAUGGAAUGAUCCUAAUUUGUGGCCGCAUCCCUGAAGGGACGGCUUUGCUUGGAGGUGAAACAAAGCAAGAGGGUUUCAAGGUCUUGUCUUCUUUAAUGAAACCAUUGAUGUCAAAAACAUUGAAAGAGUUGGUGGAACUUCGAGACAAGAUUAGAGGAAAAGUUUGGUGGCGUGGAAUACCUGUGAUGAAAGAGCUCAAAAGUGGGUACGUUCAAGAGAAGUGUAAGUGUGACGGCCGAACAAGCAAGUUCAUAGCAUAUAAUUGUGUUUGGCAUAGAUAUGGUGAGGACAAUGACAUGAAUACUUCUUGUGCUUGUGUUUCUUGUCUGUGGAAUCACGAAGUUCAACGUUUCUUUGAUAAUAUUCCAAGUGAAUGA